GAGGAAUGGCGGAACCUCGGAGUUUCUUCAUCUCUCUCGCCGGGUUGUUUCUGGUUUUAUAUUUUUCUUGUGGAUCUACGACUCCAGGCAACAAGAGGUCAAACCAGGAGCGAUGCGGUUUCAAGGUGCAGUCGGGGGCAGACGGAGGUCGCAGGUUGGCCGUCACCUUCAGAGCUGACAACUGUUCAUUAAACUACCCACUGGGGAAACAUGUGAUCCACCAAGUCACCAAUGUCUCCUUCAGCCAUUUGGCCUGUGAGGAUCAGGCCGCUGUGGUUGUUCACUGGUCUGCGAGUCCAUUAGGGAUGGAGCACAUUAAAGGCUUCAGAGUUUAUCUGGAGGACAAGAAUCCUGAAGGGAAACAGUGUCAACAUCUCAUCCUCAAAGACCCGCGACAGCUCAACUUCUCCUACAGGAACACGAGGCUGAGCAGUCAGCCGUUCAGCGGUUUGACGUUUGACACCGACUACAUGGUCCGUGUUGUUCCUUUCCCAACCCUGAUGAACGAGAGCUUCUUCCCUCCAUCAUUCCUCAGGACCAACUCAUGCGAAGUCCUCCUGGGAUCAGACAACCUGGUUUGCAAACCAUUCUGGAAGCCAAAGACCCUAAACGUCUCCCAGCUGGGGUCAAACCUCCACGUGGUGUUCGACCAGGCUCCGGCCUCCUUCGGCUUCCACUUCUACUACCUGUACUACAAACUGAGGCAGGACGGACCGUUCAGACUGCAGCGCUGCAAACCGGACAUGAACCAGGCCAGAACUACAUGUGUCCUCCAGGACGUCACUCCAGGAACCUACACUGUAGAGUUGAGAGACGACACUAACACGACCAGGAGGCAGACUCAGUACCACGUCAGCCAAGUCCACUCCCCCUGGGCGGGGCCUAUCCGUGCCAUGGCCAUCACCGUGCCUCUGGUCAUCAUGUCGGCCUUCGCCACCCUCUUCACUGUCAUGUGUCGUAAGAAACAGCAAGAAAACAUUUACAGCCAGCUGGAUGAGGAGAGCAGUGAGUCGUCCAAUCACAGCGCGGCGUUGAACACGGAACGCCCGUGGCCUCGUCCCAAAGUCUUCAUCUGCUACUCCAACAGAGACUGUCCCAAACACACCAGCGUCAUCCAGAGCUUCGCCUACUUCCUGCAGGACUUUUGCAACUGUGAGGUUGUGCUGGACCUGUGGGAACACCUGGAGAUGUGUAAAGAGGGUCAGAUGUCGUGGUUAAGCCGACAGCUGGACGAAGCUGACUUCAUCAUCACCGUCUGCUCCAAAGGCCUACGCUACUACGUGGAGAAGAAGAGUCGUAGAGGGAAGACGCCAGUCAGUCGCCGUAGUAACAGUAGCAGCAGCAGCAGCAGCUCUCUGAUUGGUGGAUCUGGCAGUGACCUGUUUAUAGUGGCCGUGGCCAUGAUUGCUGAAAAGCUGCGGCUGGCGAAGCAGAGCGAGGAGGGCGGGGCUCAGGAGCUGAACCGCUACAUGACGGUUUACUUCGACUAUUCGACGGAGAACGACAUCCCCACCAUGUUGAGUCUGGCUCCCAGGUUCAAGCUGAUGGACCAGCUGCCUCAGCUCUUCAGUCGGCUCCACUCCAGUCAGUCCAGUUUGGCUGAUCGUGAGCAGCAGCCUCUCAACGUCUCCAGGAGGAACUACUUCAGAAGUAAGUCCGGACGCUCGCUCUACGUUUCCAUCUGCAACAUGCACCAGCACAUCAGCCAGAACCCCGACUGGUUCGAGAAACAGCCGACUGGUUCGGCAGCUGCAGCGGGUUCCUCGGUCUCGUCCGGCGUCUCUUCGAACCAUUCUCCUCUCCCCGCCGUCCCGGCUCCAAGUCCUCCUCCAAAGCCUGCCUGCUCCUCCUCCUCCUCGUCUCAGCCUGAGCAGAGGUUUGACUCUGGCUUGGUGCUGAAUGAAGUGGUGGUGAGGAUGCCGUCGCUGGACGGUGGGAAUGGAGUCCCGAGGAGGAACAUGCUGCUGCUAGCUCCCGGCUCCAGUCCCAGCCUCAAUGUUGGCUCCACCCACAGUCCCAGUCCUAGUCCUGGUCCCAGUCCUGGUCCAUGUCCCAGCCCUGGUGCCUGUCCCAGUCCUGGUCUCUGUCCCAGUCCAGGCCUGCCGCACUGCUCUCUGUCCAUGCUGGGGCCCACUUCAAGGUCCAUUUCUGGAAUAUCUGGACUUUUACCUGAAGAAUCUUCGUCGUCCUCCUCCUCCUCUUCCUCCUCCCCCUCUGCUCCCUCCAUUCUCCAGGAUGUGGUGUGCCCUGUCCCUGCCCUGGCAGAAGAAGGCCAUCCCCUACCUCCAGAGGUCCCGCCUCCUCGUGAUUCGGGCAUCUACGACUCAUCUGUCCCGUCCUCGGAGCUUUCCAUUCCCCUAAUGGAGGGCCUGUCACAUGACCAGGCUGACUCCUCCUCCUUGGCUGACAGCGAAUCAUCCUCUUCAGGACUGGGUGACGAGGAGCCACCUGUUGUCGCGUCGCUCCGCUGCAGCACAGCCACAGUUUGUAAAGCUGAGCUGCACCACCAUCACCACCUGGAGCACAGUGACGGACUUGCAUCGUUGUAGGGGAUGCCUCCAGCCAAUCAGAAGAGGGCCAGCCCUGUCCAUGUCGUCACGGGGCUAAAAAAAAAAACAUGUUCUGGUCUUGGAUCUGAAUCCAUUCUCAGAAAUGCU